AUGGAUUUUUUCCUGCCAACUAACAGUACAGGCCUGCCAACUUACAUUGCAAGCCUGCCAACUUACAUUGCAAGCCUGCCAACUAACAGUGCAGGCCUGCCAACUUACAUUGCAAGCCUGCCAACUUACAUUGCAAGCCUGCCAACUAACAGUGCAGGCCUGCCAACUUACAUUGCAAGCCUGCCAGCUAACAAUGCAAGCCUGCCAACUAACAGUACAGGCCUGCCAACUAACAAUGCAAGCCUGCCAACUUACAUUGCAAGCCUGCCAACUAACAGUACAGGCCUGCCAACUAACAAUGCAAGCCUGCCAACUUACAUUGCAAGCCUGCCAACUAACAGUACAGGCCUGCCAACUAACAAUGCAAGCCUGCCAACUAACAAUGCAAGCCUGCCAACUAACAGUACAGGCCUGCCAACUAACAAUGCAAGCCUGCCAACUUACAUUGCAAGCCUGCCAACUAACAGUACAGGCCUGCCAACUAACAAUGCAAGCCUGCCAACUUACAUUGCAAGCCUGCCAACUAACAGUACAGGCCUGCCAACUAACAAUGCAAGCCUGCCAACUUACAUUGCAAGCCUGCCAACUAACAGUACAGGCCUGCCAACUAACAAUGCAAGCCUGCCAACUUACAUUGCAAGCCUGCCAACUAACAGUACAGGCCUGCCAACUAACAAUGCAAGCCUGCCAACUAACAAUGCAAGCCUGGCAACUUACAUUGCAAGCCUGCCAACUAACAAUGCAAGCCUGCCAACUAACAAUGCAAGCCUGCCAACUAACAGUACAGGCCUGCCAACUUACAUUGCAAGCCUGCCAACUAACAAUGCAAGCCUGCCAACUAACAGUACAGGCCUGCCAACUUACAUUGCAAGCCUGCCAACUAACAGUACAGGCCUGCCAACUUACAUUGCAAGCCUGCCAACUAACAAUGCAAGCCUGCCAACUAACAAUGCAAGCCUGCCAACUAACAGUACAGGCCUGCCAACUUACAUUGCAAGCCUGCCAACUAACAAUGCAAGCCUGCCAACUAACAGUGCAGGCCUGCCAACUUACAUUGCAAGCCUGCCAACUAACAAUGCAAGCCUGCCAACUAACAAUGCAAGCCUGCCAACUAACAGUACAGGCCUGCCAACUUACAUUGCAAGCCUGCCAACUAACAAUGCAAGCCUGCCAACUAACAGUGCAGGCCUGCCAACUUACAUUGCAAGCCUGCCAACUAACAAUGCAAGCCUGCCAACUAACAAUGCAAGCCUGCCAACCAAGACAGCAGCAUAG